CUAAAAGAUUAAACACAUCAAUCUCAAAAAAUGUCUACCAACGACGACCAGCCACAAGUUCUUGACGGCGAGCCAACUCAAACAGGCACCUACCUCCGUGACACUGCCACAUCUGUUAUCCAAAACUUCGACCCCAUAAACAAAAUCCACCAACAUCUUUGCGCGUUUCACUUUUACUCUCAUGACAUGACCCGACAAGUGGAGGCACACCACUAUUGUGCGCACAAGAACGAGGAGAUGAGGCAGUGUCUGAUAUACGACAGCCCCGAGAAGAAAGCGAGGCUUAUAGGGCUUGAGUACAUCAUCUCAGAAAACCUAUACUUAACACUGCCCGACGAGGAGAAGCCUCUCUGGCACUCUCACUUGUACGAGGUCAAGAGUGGUCUCCUCUUCAUGCCUAAGGUUCCUGCUCUCAUUCAGCGCCGAGACAUGGAGACAGUCUGCAAGACUUACGGCAAAGUUUUCCAUUUCUGGCAAGUGGACAAGGGUCACUCCCUCCCAUUUGGGAUACCUCAGCUCAUGAUGGCUUUCACUAGAGAUGGCCAGAUCUAUGAUCACCUAGUCAAAAGUUGUGCAGAGCGGAUGGGGAUAGACUAUGAUGAAGAAAGAAAAGGAAGGGAAUAUAUGACAGGGCCAGAACAUGGAAUUCAUCCAUUGGCCAAUGGAGGGGGUAAGGGUCUUGAGACUCGCCUCAGGGAGGUCGACCUCAACGCCGAUUCUACUCCGCCGUCAGUCACCAGGGUCUCUGUUGUCUGAACAUCCUCUGUGUUUUCUAAACAUGUUAUGCUUAGAUAUUACAGGGACACCCUUUCUGAACUCUAUUAUAAACAUAAUGUAAUAUGUUUUAAUGUCAAUUCAUAAUAAAAAUGUUUUAUCUAUAUGUUUCCUGU